CCCACUGUCCUUUGCGUUCUCACGAGGAAAAAAAUGGCGGUACGCGCGUUUUAUUUUGCGUGCCUUGUUUUUCCAAUAAAUGGUCUCUACUUGGCUUACCAUAAGAUUACAUCACCUUUGGAGUAAAUUUCUCGAAGUUCCGUUACUGGUGCUCCGAUUUCAGGGGAUGAAUUCUGUGCAACUACACUGUCUGGACCACUUUGAUGGUUCAUGGUCGAGGGAAGAUGUGGAGACGUUGGCUACAAGACAAGGUGUUGUUUUACUUCACCAAAAGCUUCUUAACAACAAGGAAGUUCCUCCAACACCGCAUGUUCCUAUACAGAUUCGAGGCCCCGAUCUUCCGGAGUAUGAACGGGGACUGGCCAGCGUUUCUUCCGAGGAUCAAGAUAAAUUUCUAAAUGACAUUUUAUACAGCCAGUUAUCACUUGCACGCAAUGUUUGCGCCAGUUCUCCUUUUCAUUCUGCUUUACGUCGUAGACUUCAAGUGUUACAGAGGAUAUUUUCCGCUUUAUCAAACAAAUUUCACAAGUUCUCGUCACCAAAAUCAGCCUCAUCUUCAAAGAAUAAUUCUCGGGAUAAUUCCACGAGUUUAACGAAACUUGCAGCCGCAGAAACGAAAGAUGCUUCCGCGGUGCUAAUAGAAAUGGGUGUUAAAACCGGGAUGUCACUUUUAUUUGCUUUAUUGCGUCAGUCCUGGCAACUUAAUCAUGGACAGCUGUGUAAUGAUGUACUGUUAACUGCAUCAGAUGUUUUGUCUGCUAUUCCUCCACUUGCUUUGGCACAAGAGUCAAAAAUUCCUGAGAUGGGACAAGAUUGCUUGAACCAGAUCACAGCAUUUCUUAGGGGAGUUGUGUCUCCAAGCUCAGCAGCUGAUAAUGUUGGAAGACAGCUUGCUUGUGAAUUGCUUUUAAGAAUUAACACCCUGAGAGGGUCGUUGAAAUAUCUGUUGGAGUGGAUUGAAAUGGCUCUUAGCGUUUCAUACGAGGUUAAGGAACCUGGUGUUCCAAAUGGGAUCUCAUCAGCUUGUAUCUGUGACAUUCUCAUUCAAAUCAGGAAAUCUGCAAAUUCAUCAGCCUCAAACACUCCAUUAUCCUCUCCCCAAAAGAGUGAAUCUUCAUUGUUAAAUCUGAGUAUGCCAGAACUACCUUCCACUGAGUCAGGUCUUCUACCUCUUCCUAUUGCCGCAAUACAUCUUUUGAAAGAGAUUGUUAUGUUGUCCAAGGACUACAAAAAUUCCUGUGAAAAAUCAGGUGCAACAUACACUGCAUUGAAUGGUGCUACAUUUAAGCCAACCUCCGGUGAUGAAGUGUUUGUCUGGGGAAGCAAUAGCAGUCAUCAGCUUGCAGAGGGAAACACAGACAAGAUUUUACGUGCCAAGCUAUCAACUUCUUUUGGUAGUGCUCAGCAGGUAGAGGCUGGUCAAUAUUGUACAUUUGUUGUUUCACCUGAGAGAAGUCUACAUGCCUGUGGAAAGGGUAGCUAUGGUCGUCUUGGCCUUGGAGAUUCUGCAAAUCAGGCACAGCCAAAGAGAGUAGCAAUCCCCACAGACUCUGGAGUAAAGAUGGUGUCUUCAUCCAAAGGGUCAGAUGGACACACAUUGGCUGUAACAGUUGAUGGUCAGUUGUUUAGCUGGGGGGAUGGGGACUAUGGCAAGCUUGGCCAUGGAAACAGUCAGACACACAAGGCUCCAAAACGUAUUGAAGGCAACUUAUCUCACAAGGUUGUGAGUAUGGUGACUGCUGGAUAUAGACACAGUGCUGCAAUUACAGAUGAUGGAUAUCUUUACACCUGGGGAGAAGGAGACUAUGGAAGACUAGGUUGUGGAGACAACAAUAGUAGGAAUGUGCCUACUUUGGUCAAAGAUGUCAGCAAUGUUGGUCAAGUUGCAUGUGGCAGUGCUCAUACAAUAUGUAUUUCUAAAGAUGGAUGCACAGUGUGGUCUUUCGGAAGUGGCGACAAUGGUAAACUUGGUCAUGGGGAUACAAACAGAGUGUACAAGCCAAAGGUGAUUGAAGGUUUACAGGGAUUAGUGAUAAAGAAAGUGUGCUGUGGAAGUCAGUUUAGCUUGGCUCUCACUUCUACUGGGCUGGUGUUUGCUUGGGGUUGUGGUCCAUGCCUUGGGACGGGCUCUGUAGAUGCUACAUCAGCAAGGCCAAGGUUAAUUGAUGAACUGCAGUCAACUUGUGUUAUUGAUAUUGCAGUAGGAGACAGCCACUGUCUUGCACUUUCUAAAGAUUUGCAUGUUUAUGCUUGGGGAAAUAACUCAAUGGGUCAGUGUGGCCAAGGACACUGUAAUACACCUGUUGCAAAACCAGCCAAGGUUGUUGGUUUGGAUGGCGUGCCUGUUCAUCAGAUUGUUGCUGGAACUUCUCAUAGUUUGGCUUGGACUGCUUUACCAUCUGAAAGGCAAACAAUUUCUUGGCAUCGUCCCUACUGUGUGGAGUUGGAUGAAUCAACAUUUGGUGUGUUGAAUAACUUUUUGGAGAAAAAUAAUGUAGGAAUGCAGCAAGAACAGCGCACUUGUUCGUUUUUUGACACAAGUGAAUGCCAUCAAUUCACCUUGCUGUGUCUUGAGCUUCUCUCAAAUCACUUGUCACUAGCCUCAACUGCAGGAGCUUCAGCCUGUGUACUUGGUAAACACACUCGUCCCUUGAGGCUUUUGCUCUUUAGACUGUUGGACACAACUACAUCUGAGGACAUACAAGAGGCAGUCAAUGAAGCAUUAUCAGUUGGUGCAUCUUUGCUCUUGCCACCUUUACCUGAAAGAAUGGAAGUUUUGCAUAGUUUACUUCCUCAAGCACCAGACAGCUGGGACUCUCUGACUGUAGGAGAGCGGAAACAAUUGAGUAUGAUCCUUACAAGUAUGCAAGAUGACAGACACAUUGCAACACUCUUGGGAUUCUCUGGAAUGAAGAAAGAUAAAGAGGAUCUACUUGGGACCCAAAAGGAUGUGGGAGACAGGCAUAACUCCAAGUUAACUGAUGUGCUGCUGAAAACUUUGCUGAGAAACUUAAGUUUUCAUGUGGAAAAAGAUUUCGCUCAUAUUGAGAGUGAGGUCUGUGACAAUGUUAUACCCACAAAUGGUAGCAAAGCAGGCCAAGAGGACAAUCAUUCUUACCUUCGGCAGUUGUUGCUGUCAUUUCUGAAGCAUUUGCUAGCACAUUGUCAUAGUCCAGACUCAGUGAAUGAUACUGCCACAAAAGUUCUUCAGAACCAUUUAUUCCUCUUACUUCCUUGUGCUGGUGAAGUAAUGGAUCAAGCUUAUAGAUUGUUAACACGCUACACAGGAUCAGCAGCUAGUUAUGUCAGAGAUAAACUGCAAGGUGUAGUAUAUCAGUCUGUAGCAGGUUCUACAUUAUCUCUACUUGUUCAUUCUUUAUUGCUCUUGCCACUGGAGACCAUCAAGCCAUUACUGCCAUCAUUCCUGGCUCUUCUACCAUCUAUAGAUAGACUAAAUAAGGCUCUCCCUUCAGCAGUGGUACUAGAGGAACAAGAGCUAGAGUGGCCUAUUCAAGGUGUUCCUGAGAAGAUUGAUCCAGCCUCACUCCCUGUUACUGAAUCAGUAUCAAGUUGGGUGUGGUUGAUAGAUCUUGAGAGGGCUUUGGCUCUUCUGGUAGGACAAACAUUAGGAAGCAUGCUGGCAGGCCCUGGUGUGUCUCAUGAAGAGAAAGAAUGUGAAAAGUGGCUCAGUUCUCCACUCCUGUGGAAUGGUCUAGAAGACAGAGAUCCUGAACGAGAAAAAGUCAUGGUGGUAUCGCUCUCCAGUCUUCAGAAUGACUCAGUGCCUGAUAAGGUUGAAGUGACAAAGUUUAAUCUUCCUGCUGACAUUUUAUUGCUGCUGGAUUUGGCUCACGGCCCUGAAUCUGAUGCUGGUCAUAAUCUUUGGGUGAAAAUGCAGAACUAUGCCAAAAACAGAGACUGGGACACAAGUGAGGUUGUGAAUAUUCCCCUUCUGGAUACUGUGACUCGCUUCACAUUUUCCUCUCUAUUAAAACACAGUGGACUCUUACCAGCAGCUCUCAGAAACUCCAGGUCCAAGGAAAUGAUUGAAAUAUACAAGAGCGUGUACUGUCUCCGUCAGCGAUUGCUGUCUCUUAAAGACGGAACUAAAAUUAAAAAGUCAAGUGGUAUGGACAUUUCUGGUGAACAGUCCUCUAGUGAACAUUCUGAAGAGGAGGAAUCAUCAUUGUUACAGCAAGAAGCUUCAAGCAGUGAAAAUGAAGUCUCUUUUGCCCAGGUUUUUAUCGAUGCCUGUAAAGGAGUGGUGCAACGGUGCAUAUUUCUUCUUCUUGGUGUGCAAACUUCAUUUCCAGUUGAUUCUGAGGACUUAAACUUUAUUGAGACCUUGAAUAAAUCAAGUUUAUGUAUGCCAUUACCCAGACAUUCCAGUGGAAGUUGUGGUGUUGGUCCACUUAAUAUGACAACUGACAACAGUGAUGGUGCUACCUCUAUACCAUUAAAUACCCCUUCUACGGUCAGCCCAAGGAGUGAAGAUGAAAAUGCAGGUGCUGGAGAGCAAACUGAAGGAGAACUACCAAGAAUUGAUUCAAUGAAGGAAUUUCUGAGGUACAUGCGUAGAAGCAGAGAGAAAUUUGCCAUGCAACAGAGAUCCAGAAAGACAAAUGAGAAGGCCUCCCUUGUCAAGUUCAUGGCAACAAGUGUUGUAGAUUUUCUCACUGAGGGUAUGAAAAGUUUUUGCACUAGUCCAUGUCAGGAUGAAAUGUCUAAUAAGGACAAUGAACAUAGUACUCAGGCAUGUACAUCUCCACCUACUGUGGUGGCUGCUAUGGGAAACCAACAGUUAAGAGGCCAGGUGAGACUGACUGCUCUAAAGCAAAUCCUUGCACUUCUUCACAGUGGCAAGGAUCCUUCCUGUGCUGCAGUGUCAGACAGUGGUUAUGGUUCUCCUCUCAAUCUGCAGUCCCUCUUAUUGUCAGCUCAGUUGCAGCUAUUACUUGGUACCCUUGGUCCAGAGGUUGUGCGAUCCUCUUCACAAGGGGAAAUUGAAGGAUGUCUUCUUCUUCAUUACCAGGAUGACAUAAAAGCCACCAGCAGAAAGCUCCAAGAUGAAAUUCAGGAAGCAGUCCAUUACCUGUACCAAAGUCUUGCUGCAAUCCUGGAGAGGGCAAAUCAUCCAACAUGUGGAAAAGGUGCACGUGAGCGUCAGCAACUGCUGGCAGUUUUUGCUUUAAGUAACAAGUACCAACCAUCAGAUGUUGCUCUCGUUGUUACCUCACAACUUCAUAUGACCAUGUUCAACAUGUGCCAGGAAAGCCUGUUGGCCAUUCAGCCCGGUCCUUAUCACAAAACACAAGUUGACAACACUACACAACUGUCUGUUGUCUUACAAGUUGCCUGUUGGAGACUUCUGCACAUAAUCGCAGUAACAGCUGGGAUGUUUGCUGAUAAGCUGAGUGAUCACAUCAUUCAAAGUGUUAUUGAUUUGCUGUAUGAGCAACUAAAGUUACUGUUGGAGAAUGCCAGCAAGUUAAUCUUAUUGGAAAUAUCUGAAAAUGCUUCUGAGUCUGUCCUUGAGCAAAGACAGGGUGAAAGAUCACACAAACAUAAACAACACGAAGGAGCACUUUGUUACUUCAUGAAAUUCCUGCGCAGAGUUGCAGUCAAUAAAGCAGCACAGCAGAAGCUUGUCUCCAGAGAUUGGCUGGGGUUAUUUAUGGCUGUUGUUUCAUUUCCUAGCGAGAAAAAGGAAUUUUCUCACUUCAGUCUACGGACAAGAAUGCUGACUUUUCAUUUAUUGACGUUUGUUCUUCCAGCAUGUGAAGAUGACAUCUUAAUUGGAACAAUUACUAAGCAGCUCUUCCAGAACAUUGGUGAUUACACAUGGAACAUUCCACCUUUCCCUUAUGUACUUCACGAUGAAAGCAACUCAGGAUUUACAGCAAAUGUGGACCAAGUGCCUGUUAAUGAUGUCAUGUUUGAUACUGACAAGUUACAAGCCUGCAGUGUGGAGAAUGGUGUCACAGUUGUUCACAGUAGUGCAAGGAGAGGGUAUGGACUGGCUGGACUUGGCAUCAGGUCAGGAUGCUAUGAAUGGAAGUUCCAUGUAGAUAAAGAAAACUGUGGCAAUGAGGGAACAUGCAUCGGAGUUGCUCGUUACCCAGUCCAUGAUGAUAAUCAUCGUUCAACUACUGACAUGUGGUUGUAUCGUGCGUACAGUGGAAAUCUGUACCAUGAUGGAGAAACACCUCUUACUCUGUCUGGGUUCACCCAGGGUGACUGCAUCUCUUGUGUUCUGGAUAUGGAUGCAAAGACUUUGGCUUUUGGAAAGAAUGGCAUGGAACCUCAAGUUGCUUUUGAAGGCCUUGAUGCUUUAGAACUAUACCCAUGUGUGCUGUUCUAUAGCACCAUAUUUGGCGAAAAGGUGACAUUAAAAGAUGUGUACGUAAAUGGCACCCCACAGGAUCUCUUUCCUGGAGAUCCAAUUUGUGCCCCUAUACGCACAGUACUUGCUGAGACCUCAGCUUCCUUAGUCAGGAGCCUUUCUUUGUACUCAAUGUGGAAAGACCAUGUUGUCAGCACUAUCGUGAAGGGUUUUCAAGAAAUAAGGCAUGUCCUGCAGUUAAGCCCUGAAAAGGUAGAGUUGAGCAACAACAGCUUGAAAAUGAGGUCUGCAGUCAUUCAAGCAAAUCAAGGAAAUUUUACUGAAGAUAAUGAAGAUAAUACACAGAGAGACAGAAAUGCAAGUGAGUCAACAUCACAUAAUCCAGUCCUUUGUUACUGUGUUUGGCCAGCCUUGGCAGUUAUUGGUGGGAUUGACUCUGGGCUGCGCAUUGGUGGUCGAUGUGUGGACAAGCUGCUGUCUAGAGAAGGAACAGUACUAGGUGCAAGCAAACCUGGCAGUAGGAGUGUGAAAGUAUUGUGGGACGAGGGAAGUAUUUCAGUCAGUGACACCUUGGCUUCAAGCUUAGAACCAUUGGAAGCUCUGAAAUUUGAUGCACGUCUCCUGGCCAACCUCCCCUUUGAAAUACUCCUUGACUUGUUGGCACUGAGUGGUUUACUGAGUGAAAGAAAUGGCUCAAAUUUCCAUCACUAUUCCACUCUUGAGAACAGUGAAUCUCUAACUCGUAAUAAUGGUGGUUUGCAGAAGCCUCUGGAUGCAGAUUCAAAUGGGACAAGAGAUUCUAAUGAUCCAUAUAGAGUGAGGCAUGCAACUGUUGAUGGUGAAAACAAAGACAUUCUUCACCAAAGUGACAGACUUUAUGAACGACCAACGUUACUACAAAAUACCAGCAGUGAUACUGUACCAUCGGUACCUUUGCAAGAUAAUAUUGCAACAAGGAGAAAUUCAUGUAGCAAGCCAGAGAUGACAAGCAUUGUUAAGCCGCUUUUAGAAGUGUCUGCCUUGAAAUCACUUACUGUUUUACUCAGCUCAAAUGGACUUCUGGAAACACUGACUACUGAGGUCUAUGUUCAAACCUCAACCUCAAGUAAAGAACAUUCUCAGCAGAAGUUGAAUUUGUUACAGACAUUGUUGAGGAGUAUGGUGUCUUAUGCAGUUUUGCCAUCUCCUUUUAAAGGGGUGGUCAUUUUAAGGGACUUGGAAAGGGUACAAAGUGUGCUUAUGAGAAUGCCAUCUUCCAUUUAUUCUAACAGAGAAGUUGCAGUUGAAAGGAAAGCAGCAUCUGAAGCAGAAACUUUGAGCCCAUUGCAAGAAAGCAAGGACAACCAAGGUGACCAGCAGAGUGCACUUUGCUGUACUUCACAGAACUCUACUUCAGCAGAAGACCACUUACCAAACAGUAGCCGAUCCAGCUCCUCCAACUCCAUAGGCUCUCCGCCAACACAAAAUGCAGAUUCUGAAGACAUGGGAUCAGCUCCUGAACAGGAACAUCCACCUGAGAGGCGGUACAGCCAGGCUUUUAUUGAAGAGCUCUCCUCUCAGUUAACUGCCCCUAAACCUGUUGACGUAACUUUACAAAAUGCUAGUACAUCAGCUGGUGAACCUUCCACCCAUUUCCCUUGUCCAGCCUCUCCACCAACCUCAUUACCAAGGGCAUUGCGUGAAAUAGCAGCCCUCUCAUCUCUCCCUGAUUAUGCUCUGCCUCUGUUAGAGAUGGGCUUUUCCAGGAGGCAUGUUAUUCAAGCCAUGAUGGCCACAGGUACGAGAGAGAGAGCUGAUGCCCGCAGAAUCAACAUGUUGGUCACAUGGUUGCUGGAGCACCCUGUUUCUGAUGAUGGGGAUGAUGAAGAUUUAGACAACUGUGAGUCCAAUGAUGAAAUACCUACAGAACCAGAGGCUUCACCACCCACUUAUCAAAUGGAAAUUGGAUGAAAACUUUCACCCAUUUUCGUCUUCAAAGAAGCUGAAGAGGCAAAAAUCUGGUGGAACCUACAGGUUCAGUGUAGAACGAACAAGAGCUUUGGCUCUGAGUGACCAUGGCUUGUACUUUAAUGAAGGAACUCGAGGACACUAGUCCCGCCAAUGAAGCUGAAGGACAAACUACAACAAGUGCUAGUUGCACAAAAUUGCUGGAGAACAGACACAGCUCUGAAACUUCCACAAUGAGAGAGUCAAAUGCAGAUGUAAAUGUGGAACCAUAGGACAAACUUCAUUGAAGGACUAUUGUUAGGUCCGCUUGCUGGUUCCACCUCCAGAUUUCCUCUAUUUGGCUUCUCGAGGCAUGGUUUCACAAAAUGUCUGGAGAAUGAAGAGGCCUGAACUUGAGCAACUUAAUACCAAUGCAGCCGUAAAAAAAUCACAGCAGUUUACAUUAAGAUUUGUAUAAAGAUUUGGUACUUUGUUGCUUCUCAGGUGAUAACACUGCGAUGGGUUUUUGUACCAGAAUUGUAGACGUCUGUUUAUUUUAAGUUGCUAUAAGCCAUUGUUGUGGUAAACUGACCCAUGUCGACGUCUGUUAGUGCGUCAUCAAAUCUUACCUGAGGGGAUUUUUUCACUCCUAACUAAUCAUACCAAUCUCGUAAGAGGUUUUUCAUCUUUUUCUUGAUAAAAUUAAACUGCAUAUAAGGAUGAACAUUCUUUGUUCGUUCACUCACGUUGUCCGAUGGAAUUGGCUGAAAAUCAGCAGGCAUGUUCUGGGAUACCUUCAAAAAACAGUGUCGUGCUUUGUUUAAUUUCACUUCUGUUUCAAAGUUAAGGCCUCUUUUAUAGAAGGACACAUCCCCUUUGUAAAUAUCAAACUUAAGGAGGGUGUAGAAAAAAAAAAUUCAAACCACCUCUGGAAAAUCGCUGCCACCGUUUUUGAAGAUGAUGUGUGAGAAACCAUUUCUGACGUUAAUCACCACUCUGAUAAUUCAUGCACGGAAGCAAACCAGUUUAAGCAAAGCAGUGUUUCUUGGUAUUUCUUUUAAUAUCACUGUGACAUUAACUUUUAAGAAAAUUUGAAAGAUAUGGCUGUACUCUAUAACUAUUAAGCUUUCAAAAAAUGUAUAGGUUGAUGGGGUGUUCUUUCAAAGCACCCACAUCAUGUGCAAGUAAGAGCGGGAUUUCCCAACAUUGUCAAUCCUCCUACCAUGAUACCUUAAGAAGGCCUCAUUCCUCUUGGGCCCUUCAGACUAUUAGUUGUCAGCAUGAAAGACUGUUUUGGCAUCCUUUAAGAAGACCUGCAUUAAUUUAUUUGGCCUCCCCUUACAAGAUACUGAGAAAUAUUUUGUUAUUAGGGAUGAAUUUCCCUCCUUUGCCUUAAAACAGGCAAAACUCUGACAAGUCUUCUCUAAAACUAUCAAUCUCCCCAAAGAACUGGGUCUUUCAAACAGAAUGGUUCUAGAAUGAUCCCUACAUGACACUCUUUUAACCCCAAUCCUUGUACCUCCACCAAAAUUAAUAUUCCCAAGCCUUUCCAAAAAUUCCCUUUUUCUGGCCAAGAUUAAUCAACCAGCACCUGAUUCAAUGGGAGCAAAAUAACUGCAAGUUCUGAAGUCUUCAAAUAGGUUUUUGCUCAAUCAUGGUUACCUGUUGCCUUCCUGUUACAAAAUAUUUCACCCAUAUAGCAAGCUCAGCCAUGCUGGCCCAUCACAUUGAGUCUUUUCCUCAGUAACUCAGUGUUACAGUCCCACAGUCGUCAUUCCCUUGGGAUCCCUUAGAUCCAAACAGGGUACAUAUCGUCUCCUUUUUGACCAUGUGUUGCAUUGCCAGCAGUACUACCAAGCAUAAGGCUAAAUUUUUUGACAGUGCAAGCUUAUAAGAGUACAUGUAGUUCAUGAAUCUCUCUAGUAAACUACAUUGUAACAGUGUCUUUUCAUAAGACCUGGUAAAAUUCUGGAGGAAAGCCAUCAAUUCAUGGGCUUUUUCCUAUGUAGUCCUGCUGUUAAGAGCCAAAAAUAACCAGAAUUGUUCAUUUUGUGAUAAAAGCAUGAAACUUCCCAGGAUGACUAACCUCUAUAAGGUAAACAUUUUCUGAUAUGGAGCCAUCCCAAAUUUACACCCAGAACCACGCUACUCGCAUGUCAAAAAAUGACAUAUUAGGCUCCUACAUGGGAACAAGGCUGAGUGAAAAUGCUUAUUUCUAAGCCUUCUCUGGAGUAAUUUGCUAGAUUUCUUGCUUUUUACUAUGACAGCAACUUAUAAAGUAUCUGGGAAUCGAAAAAUUUGUCACGUGAUUAGUCACGUGACCAUAUUUUAAUAAACAAUAAAAUAAUACCGAAUAUUGCAUGAAUACGAUUAAUAAUUUUUUUCUCCUCUUCUUCUCUUUUUUUUUUUUGCUUGCAAAUAAAAAGAAGUGAUUAUUUUGAACAUUACAAUAUAGAGUAAUAAGAUAUUCAAACUUAGAAACUUGUGUUUCGGCAUGCGCAAUGUCAUAUUGGGGCUUUGCAUCAAAUCGAAGCCGAGACAAAGGAUGGAUCUAUGUUGGCUACUGAGGUGAUUUGCUUAAGUCUGGCUUAACGGGAUAUAACUAAUUUCGGUGCGUAAUUCAAGGGAAAACUCUUGAUUGGUUUAAAUCGUAUUUGACUAAUCGCACACAAUGGUGCUCCUUUAAUGGCUGUCUCUCUGACUUCACCACUCUUAAAUGUGGUGUGCCACAGGGAAUGAUACUUGGUCAGUCCUCUUUUAUUUCUAAUUUAUGUUAACGAUUUGCCUAACUGUCUAUCAUUUAGCAUACCUAGAAUGUAUGCUGAUGACACCCACAUUACUUAUACUGGUUCUGAUUUGCAUCCGAUUCAGUCUAGUCUAUCUCACGACCUUAAAAAACUAAGCAGAUGGCUUGUGUCUAACAGACUUACCUUGAACGCUACGAAAACGGAAUUUAUAUUGAUCGGUUCCAGGCAAAGAUUAAGUACUCUAUCUGAUACACUCGAACUCUCCAUUAAUAAAGUUCCGGUUGAACAAGUUUCCCCUGCAAAAUCACUUGAAGUAAAUGUCAAUGAAAAUCUAACGUGGCAUUCCCACAUCAACUGUGUAAAAAGAUCGCGUCUGCAAUUGGAGCCAUAAAUUCAGCUAAGGUAAUUCCCUCGAAAUUGUUCUACUAUCAAACUUUUUUUUGCAACUUGGCAUAAUUAACAUUCAUGAUAUGAACAUUAAAAAAAUACAAUUAAAAAAUGGGGUCAACGUGCUUGUCAACGCGUCAGCACGCUCUUAAAAUGGGGUGUUUUUACUGGCUGCGCGUUAAAAAUUCGAAUCACCUUCACACAGAAUUGAAUUAGGUAGCUGCCAGUUUCGCCGCAUGGUGAGUUUGCCCCCACCGAGUUCACCCCUACAUCGACUCAACUUGAUCGAGUUCGCCCCCAACCAGAUCGAGUCGCAUAUAGAGAUAACUCCUCGUUCUUUUAUCCACUACCUCAUUAGAUUACUGGUGGCGAGGAAACUUCGCGUGGUGGCUAGGUGACUUCGCUUGGUGCGAGGUGACUUCGCUUGGUGGCGACCGAGAGUUCGUUGGUGGGGAGACUCCCUGAUGGCGAGAUGACAUAAACAUACAUCGACUGAAAUGGUUCUUUGAAAACGUUUAAUAACUCGAUGACAACUACGUCAACGCGAACACAAAAUUUUGGGGCGAACUCAAAAUAGAAAUUUUAUAGUGGGGGCGAAUUCUUUGCAGGCGAACUAGCCAUGGGGCGAAACCGGUAUCAUUCCAGAUUUAAGUCUUGGUUGCUUGAAAGACACAGAAUUUUAUGUUGAAAGUAAAGCUUCUUUUAUUCACAUAAGCAGUAUUUCUUCAUUUAAGCCGUUUCUAAUUGCCUG